AUGCCAUCAACCAGUGUGCCCGAGGCCGCCCCGCUAGCCGACUACUUCUGGAUAGCCGGCGUGGACGGAUCUGAGGUCCUGGACACCUAUCGCCGCCUCGGUGAUGACUACCGCAUCAACGGCGCUGCUUCCCCCAGCCCCGCCUUCACAGAUGCCAUUCAGGAGGAUGCCGACGCAGAAGAAGAACACAUGCCCCCCGGCACCUCACGGCCCAGCUCCACGCUGUUUACCGGGAACAGCACAGGUCGUCGCGGCUCGUCGCAACGUCUUUCUACACUGUCCCGCGACUCCGAAGGCCACGCCAAUGGCACCGCCAGCAACCGGAGCAGUAUGACGGUUAAAGGGGGCUCGUCGCCUGCGCGCGGCUCGACUCUCUUCGGCGACGAUUUUGAUUUCGACCAGGCGCUAGUAAAGUUUGCUUCGGAGCGAGAUACCUUCUUGACGGAUUUGAGUCUGAGUGCGGGCGCCAUUACCAAUAAUUCCCGCCCGCGGUCGCGCGUGCGCACCCAGAAGAUUGUUGCGGAGGAUUCGCCAUCUCAAGGGGCGAAUCUGCUUCGUUCCGGCAUUGGGAGUGUUCGCCGUCAUAUGGCCUUUCGCGAUAUGAAUAGUAUGAAGAGACAGCCGUCAAUUGCGCGACAUGCUUCGGUGCGCACCUCGCGACGACUCAGUAACUACAACUCGGUCAUUCCCGUUCCCCAACCUCUCGAAAUUUCACCUACAAUGCACCCGUUGAAACGCCGCUUCGAACCCCAGCGCGGGAACUUCCCGGACUAUAUCCCCAUGUUUGCGUUCCCCAACGAUAUCAACAUUGUUUCCUCCGAUCAACGGCCGCGUUCGACUUGGCACGGGUUUGCCAUGACAACAGAGAAUGGCUCGAAGCUGCACGCUAUCUGUGUAAUUAUCUGGAUUCCGUUGAAUUCGCAAGCUGCGGACGAAUUAGAAAAACGCUGUGAGGAAUGGCGGAAGGAUAACAUGACGGACGAGGAACGGGAGCUGGCUGCGAGUCUGGGCGAACGACUUGCACAGGAGCGGGCCAAGCUCUCUCAACUUCUGGCCAAGCUACCGAACGUGCCAUCAGGAUCCGAAUCUCGAGAACAACUGGAGGACGAGAUCAGCGCAGUAGAGGAGAAGAUUGGACUGAUGAAUGAUCUUCUGCGACCGGUCCGACAUGGUGCAGCCUCAAAGAUCGAGGGUCUUACGGAUGGUGACACUGGCUUUUGGAUCCCCCGUGCUUACGGCAUUCUGGGCCGCGAAGCCAACAUGACCAGCUUCUGGAAAGAGUGGUUGAAGGCGAUCGUGGUGCCUAUGACAGAAGGUGGGAUCCAGCGCGUUCCGCCGAGCUCGCCCCGGAUGGGCGUGUGGCAGCCGAUAGAACGCUAUGUCAUGAACCUUUGCACCGAGGCAUUCUGUCCCGUCUCUUCGAAAACUCAGGUCGAACUCGCAAUUCGUGAGCUGCGGCUGUUCGCCCGACAGGAGGCGUCCAAUGAGCUGCCGGGCUCCCGAAACACGGAUCUCUAUGCCUUGUUCCGCGCUCUCUCCGUGCCUAAUAUCAUUAUCCUCUUCGAGUACGCCUUGACCGAGUCGCGCAUCAUUUUCCUGUCAUCACACACCUCGAUGCUCUACCUUGCGACGAGAGCCCUGGUCGACCUUCUGUUCCCCAUCCAGUGGACCGGUGUUUUGAUCCCAGUUCUCCCAGCUCGCUUGGUUCAAGCUAUCGAGGCUCCUUGCCCUUAUAUCGUGGGUAUCGAGCGUCGUUAUGAGAAGGUGGAACUGCCGACAGACGAUUUCGUGCUGGUGGACUUGGAUAACGACAUGAUCGAAAGUACCUUGCAACCAACCCCUCUCCCACGACACCAGCGCAGGAAGCUCUUGUCACUCUUGCAAAUGGCAGCUCCUCACCACAGCCGCUGUGGAGUCCCAACCGGGCCUCCAGCGUAUGCGAUUGAGACAUACCCAUGGGACACAUUCUUGUCAGAAAGCAGUGCUACAUAUUCCUCCAAGGCAGCACCCACCAAUCUUGCCAAAUAUUCCCCAAUUCUUACCAACCCCCCCAUCUUCAACGCCUUCCUGCAUGCCCGUCAUGAGCAGGUCUCUUCCCGUGGGUAUUCCUCGUCUAGGAGCAACGAUCGUCCAGGUACUAGCUCUACCGCCAGGGCAGGAGCUUCUCCUCCUUCCCCUAGAGAAAGCUCUCCCACUUCUGGCCAUUUCCCUCCGCCUCCGCCUACUCCUUCUUCGCGAAAUGAUUCCGGUAUGGCUCUUCAGGCUUCGCUGCGCGAGAAACGAUCCGGCCACUUCGAUGCUGCAUCUCGGAGAAGCUCAUCGUUUGGUAUGACCCGCCGUCCCAGUGCGCCAUUCCUCGGCCACGCAUCUAACCUAUCGGUCACCACCCUCAACACCGAACAUGGAGGAUCAACAUAUGCUCCAUCCGUGUAUGCCCAGUCGACGAUUGCCGCUUCGACUAUCGUGCCACAAGCUUCCGCACAGUAUGUCAACACUACCGAGGGAACUUGCUGGGUUGAAGGACACUAUUUCCAAACACAGCCAUGGGAUGACAAGUUGACGUGUGCCAUCUGUGAUGACCGGGCUGAAGAUGGCAUGUACAAGUGCUCAUCGUGCAAACUGACCGUUCACAACCGGUGUGCGUCCCAAGUUUGCCUGGUCUGCGAUGCGGCCUUCCACCCUGAUCAGAUCCGGGCUGCCUUUGUCAGAUGCUUCGCCAGUUUGCUCUACACAUACAAGAAGUUCCUUACCCCAGCCACUGGCGACAAGAAGAAAGCAGGUCUUUACUACUCCUUCAACAUGGAGGCAUUCAUGAAGAGUUUGCCGCAUGAUCACGCCGAAUACGUUGCCCACCUAUCCCAGACGCAAGGAUUCAUGGAGUUCAUUAGUGAACGCGAACGAACGAGCCCCAAAGCCAAGGACUCCAAGAUGGCACUGUUCGACGAGAUCGUUCUCUCAAAGCGGAACCGUGGCAGAACAUCCAUUUUCUCCGGUCGAUCCACAACGGACUUUUUGUCAGAUACCUCGAAUCACCUGUGGCGAACCGCCAGCGCAACGUUCUUCGCCCCAAGCAGUCGCAGCCAGAACAACCUCGCCAGUGACUACAGCCGGGUAGCCCAAAGAGCGCCGGCAAAAUUAGACACAAGCCUGAUGGCAGAACCCCGCAUGAUUCACGGAGCGCCUCGGGUGUCCAAGACGGCAAAUACUGCCCGAAGGAAGCCGCUGCCCAAGCUCAUGAAUGGUCUGGCAAUCUCUCCACCGAGUUAA